GAAGCCUCGCCUUCUCCCUACAUGCAGCGAGCGGCCCUCUGCCAGGCAUCAUGCUCAGCCAAACAGCGAAAUAACGACUUUAGCAAAGGAGCGAGUGCCCAUGCUGGUUUGGCUUUGUGCUGAAUUAACACUUAGCCAGCUGUUUGGUUGCCCCGUCUGUCAGAAUUUACCAGCAAGGGGGUGGGGAAAGAGUCGGGCAACCUUGCAGAGUGACCAUGGCUCACUUUUUAAUUUGAACUACUGGGAAUCAUGGAGAGCAUUUCAAGUAAGAGAGGUGCAUCUGUUAAAUGUUCAGAGAGGGAAUCAACUGAAGGGCACGGAAGGCUUGGAGAACCUGAAGAAUCUGCAGGUUCUUGACUUGGCUAAGAACCACAUCACUAAUCUCUCUGGCCUCCAGAACCUGCACCUGCUGGGCUUCAUCAACCUGGAUGAGAAUGAGAUUAGUGAGACCGAGGAGUGCAAACACAUCCAUGAUCUUCUCCUGCUGAGGGAACUGAAUCUGCUGGGUAACCCUGUACAGGAGCAGCCACAGUACAGGCUCUCAGUGAUCUUUCUCCUCCAGCAUCUGACCAUGUUGGACCAAAAAAUAGUCACUGUUGAGGAAAAGGUUACAUCCAUCAACAAGUACGACCCCCCUAUGGAAGUGGUAGCAGCCAGGGAUCACAUGACCCAGCUGAUGUAUCAGCUGAUGCAGCCCCAGCUACUCUAUGAUAGCACUCUACCCAGUGACGACGCUCCGUAUCCUAUGCUGGUUCUGACUGGUCCACAAGGCUGCGGGAAAAGGGAACUAGCCCAUCGUCUGUGCCAAGAUUUUGACGAGUACUUUGCAUACGGAAUCGGCCACACCACCAGGGAGCCCUACUUUGGAGAGGAGAACGGAAACGAUUACCAUUUUGUCAAUGAAGAGGAAUUUCAGCAGCUGGUACUAACGGGUGCAUUCCUCCAGACCGUCCAAUAUGGUGGCCAUAGGUACGGCUUGAGCAGGGAAGCCAUCGAAGACGUCGCAAAGGAAGGACUCGCAUGCUGCGUGCACAUGGAGCUUGAAGGUGUGUUGAGUCUGAAGAAGAGCAUCUUUGAACCUCGCUACAUCGUCCUCCUGCCCACCUUGCUUGAGAAGUACAGAAACACCCUGGGAACUAGAAACCUGUAUACGCCAGCCCAGAUUGAAGUGGCUGUGUCGCGCAUCGACCUCUACGCCGACUUCAACAGGAAACGUCCCGGCUUCUUUGAUAACGUCAUUCCCUGCGAUGACCUGAACGAUGCCUACCAGAUGCUGGAGGAGGUGGUGAAGGACUACCUGUUGCUGAACGAUCGGGAAGAAGGUGAGGUGCACAAGGAGGAGAAGCCAAGGUCAGGAUUCUCCACUUCAUCCCACCCAUCCACUGCUGCGCUCGACCCCUCACUCCCGCGCUACAAAAACUACUGCACCAAGAUCAGGGAACAACUUGCCCCCAGCAAGACCCCUGCUGAGCUGGCUUCCAUCCGACGGCGGGAGCAGCCGGCGAGAGAGGCAGUAGUGGGGAAGAGUCCAGGGGUCAACAGUAGUUUCAUCAGAAGCUCCUAUGAAUCUCUGGUCAGUUCUGCAUCCAGUUGGCCACGAGGUGGCGAUAUCCUUGGACUUACAGUAGAAACACUCAAAGGUGACAAGCCAUUGCAAGCGCUCGAUGCCGCAGCCGUCAUAGUGACCCCAACUGAUCGACUUCCCGGAUCCAGCAUCAAGCCCAUCCUGCCACCCAUCCCACCUGGACGCAAGACCCCUCAAGCGAACAGCCCGAUGCCGUCACCCAGCCGCUUGCACGAUGCCAUCAGAGCGGAAGACAAGGCCAACAUGCAGGCGUAGUGUCAAGGUUUUUGAAGACAAUGUCUCAAUGGCUCUGCUCCAAAACAAACACUUCAUCUUGUCUUCUUGUCUUGUCCUUCUGCUUCUACUUGAACAUGCAGAGCUUCUUUUUUUUUUACUUUCGUAAUUUUUGCUGCCUUACCUUUGAACUCAUAAUUUUUGGUGCAUUUUUUAAACUCAUAAUUUUUGGUGAUGUUUUUUAAAAGUUUUGUCAUUUUUGGUGCAUUUUUUU